GCCUAUCGGUUUGUCGUCAUCGAGCAGACGAGAACAGUGCAGAAAACUCUAGGCAGAGAGGAAAUGAACUUGAGAGAAGGGGGAACACAUAGCAGGGAGGAGAAAAAGAGGGCGGGAGUGGAAGCAGAGAGCUGCAGGGCUGGGGUGCCGGCAUGUUGGGAGGAUGGAAGAAGUGGCAGUGAAACAGGGCUUCCUGUACCUUCUGCAGCAGCAGACUUUUGGGAAGAAAUGGCGCCGGUUUGGGGCUGUGCUGUAUGGAGAGUCAGACUGCGCCUUGGCCCGGCUGGAGCUCCAGGAUGGCCCAGAGAAGCCACGCCGGGGAGAGGCCGCCAGGAGGGUGAUCCGCCUCAGUGACUGCCUACGUGUGGCUGAGGCAGGCGGGGAGGCCAGCAGCCCCCGGGACACCAGUGCCUUCUUUCUGGAGACCAAGGAGCGCCUGUACCUGCUGGCAGCCCCCGCCACAGAGCGCAGUGACUGGAUCCAGGCCAUCUGCCUCUUGGCCUUCCCUGUGAGCCAUCCACGGGGCCAGAGGAAGGAGCUGCUGGGGUCAGCGGGGAAGGGCAGCCGGCCCUGCAUGGAGGAGAAUGAACUGUACAGCAGCACGACCGCAGUAGCCCCCCGCAAGGAGUUUGCUGUGACCAUGAGACCCACAGAAGCCAGUGAGAGGUGCCGGCUCCGGGGAUCCUAUACCCUCCGGGCUGGGGAGACUGCCCUGGAGCUGUGGAGUGGUCCUGAGCUGGGCACCCAGCUGUAUGAGUGGCCCUACAGGUUUCUGAGGCGCUUUGGGCGGGACAAGGUAACCUUUUCCUUCGAGGCAGGCCGGCGCUGCGUCUCUGGAGAGGGCAGCUUUGAGUUCGAAACCCGGCAAGGCAACGAGAUCUUCUUGGCCCUGGAAGAAGCCAUUUCUGCCCAGAAGAACAGCGCCCCUCCUGGGCCCCAAACCCAGCCAGCCACAGUCCCUGCGGUGCUGCCGCGGCCAGAAAGCCCCUACUCCCGGCCCCACGACUCACUGCCACCUCCGUCGCCCUCUACGCCAGUGCCUACCGCCCGGCCACGGGGCCCAGAGGGGGAGUAUGCAGUGCCUUUCGAUGCAGUGGCCCGUAACCUGGGGAAGAGCUUGAGGGGCACCCUGGUGGUCCCUCCCCCACCCCCAGCGGACCCUCUGUAUGACAGCAUUGCGGAGCACCCGGCCCCGCCACCCGACCACAUAUACGAUGAGCCUGAAGGAGUGGCUGCCCUGUCCCUGUACGACAGCCCACAGGAGCCCCAGGGGGAGGCCUGGAGGAGGCAGGCCACAGUGGACAGGGACCCCGGCAGCCUCCAGCACGUCUACCCAGCAGGGCAGGACUUCUCUGCCUCUGGCUGGCCACAGGGAACAGAGUAUGACAACGUCAUACUUAAGAAGGGCCCAAAGUGAUGGGGGUGGAGAAGGCAUGGACCUUAUCAAAUACAGGUGCUGAAGCCUGCCCGUCCUCACAGGGGGUCGGGUCGGAGGCCCAUGAGAAGGAGCAGGAGGCUGGCUGGGGGGAAGCCUCCCUUCUACUUUCUGCCGGUUACUCCUCUGGCCGCUGCAUUCCAGGAACUUCCUUUUGCUCCUUCUGGAACCCUGGGCUUGGCCUGCCUUAGUCUGGUCUGCGGAAUUGACCCUCCCAGGGCCUGCCACAUGAGUCACCCUCCCGUGCAGGAAGAGUGCCUGAAAGUGACACACCCUCCUCCUACCCUUUUCCACUUCCUCUUCUUUCCUUCAUCUGCCUAAAGGAACCUUGGGCAUUGAGGGCAGAGGACAAACGGAUGUCAGCAAAGUGCCCUGGACCCUUGGCUUGUGCAGGCCUCCCGCCUGCUGUUCAUAGCCCUGGUUCUAGGCACCCGGGAGGAUGGCUGUAGCUUUCUGUAGGUUUUGGACUUCUCUGUGGCAUUAAACAUUUCUGGAAUAUC